UAUGAAUGCUGAUGCAGGUACUUCACUUACUCUAUAUAUAUAUUCUCUUUACACUAAUUAAUUUGUUAAUAUCAUGAUCAUAUUUCGAGCAAAAUAUAGUGAACUCUCCAGAGUCUAACUGGAAAACCAAAAAUGGAUCGGCACACCCGUAUCAAGCAUCUUCCUCUGCUACUGAGAAUGAUACAACCCAAUAUCAUGAUUCAGCCUAUAAUCCCAAUGAUGCACAAUUUUUUAAUGAUGGCGACUGUACUGAUGUAGAUGAAGAUGAGGAACCAUGUAGAGGAGAGAAUGUUGAAUGCGAUGACCCUGAUGAUGAUGCAAUCCCUGAAGGUUUUCAGAUUAUCAUUUAUACUGCCUCUCAACAGAUUAUAUAGUCCUUUGAACAGACCAAUUUAUAUGAGUGUUGUAUUAAAUUCAAUUGUUUAGGUUUAUGGGAUGGCUACAUGGACCUCGGAAAGCCUUCUAAAAUUUGUCGCAAGUGUCAAGCAGUCAUGUGGAAUCAGGAGCGCAACAACAAAGGUGCUAAACAUAAUGAACCAACUUUCUCUCUUUGUUGUAGAGAUGGUAUGAUUGAGCUCCCUGCAGAAAGGCACCCCCCUCCAUACUUGGAUGACCUAUUAUCAAAUGGUGUAAAAUCAGAACAUUUCAAAAAGAACAUCAGGACCUACAAUUCCAUGUUCCAUUUCACUUCCAUGGGUGGCAAAAUUGAUCGUUCUGUGAAUGAUGGUGGAGGUCCAUUUUGCUUCAAACUUAAUGGUCAAAACUACCAUUUACUCGGCACUCUCAAGCCAACAGACGGGGAAAAUCCUAAGUUUUGCCAGUUGUACAUAUAUGAUACGGAAAAUGAGGUUGAUAAUCGUCUUAAUGCAUUCCCAGGUAGUAAUGAAAUGGAUCCAGAAAUUGUUGCUGCUUUGGUUCAAAUGAUGGAUGAUCAUAAUAAGUUGGCCAGUGGUUUCCGCAUGGCAAGGCAGCGGUUUAAUCUUCAGGAGCCAGAAGAGUUCAGGUUACAAUUGAUAUCAUCUCAGUCAGCGUCUGGAAGGGCUAAUCAUGUUAUUGCUUCCAACGAGGUUGCAGCAUUGAUUGUAGGAAAUGUUGAGGAUGAAUCACCUUAUAGAGAUUUGAUUGUUGAAACAAAACAAUUAUAUCUUAAAAGAGUUUACGAGACAUGUGCUCAAUUCAUGUCUCUGCAGUAUCCUUUGCUCUUCCCCUAUGGAGAUGAUGGAUUUCACCUUAACAUUCCACUACAUGGUAAGCCGGCCAGGACAACAAAAAAUGUCAACAUAGACGCAGAUGAAACUGAACCACACCACAGGGACAAGGUGUCAAUGAAAGAAUAUUAUGCAUACAAAUUAAUGAUACGUCCUAAUCAGGGAAUGACUAUGCAUCUUGGUGGUAGGUUAUGGCAGCAGUUUGUAGUUGAUGCAUUUGCUGCAGUCGAACAGUACAGGUUAGACUGGAUUAGAACACACCAACACGUGAUCCGCUCAGAUUUGUAUAAAUCUAUACGUGAUUUUAUAAGGCAAGGUGAUACUGAUUCUUCUACAAAAGGACAGAACGUUAUACUCCCUGCCACUUUCACAGGAUCAGCUAGAUACAUGAACCAGUAUUUCAAGGAUUCUUUGGCAAUAUGUCGCACAAUUGGUCAUCCAUCUUUAUUCUUGACAAUGACUUGCAACACACAGUGGCCAGAGAUAAAGGAGAUGCUCAAACAUAAACCUGGCAUUGAUGUUGUUGAUGCUCCAGAUAUUAUUGCCCGAGUCUUUAAACUAAAACUCGACCAGUUAAUUGAUUUGAUCAAGAAUAAGAACUAUUUUGGAAAAUGCAUCGGAGGUAAUUAUUAUUUUUGCAAUAUCUCACGUUUAUAUAAUAUUUUUUACUGA